GCUGGGAUUACAGGUGUAAGCCACAGUGCCCAGCCUGAUUUUGGGACUUUUGAAGAGCAGUUUAAACACUUGAUGCUAUGAAGUUGUUUUGCUUUCUAAGCAGUUUGUUAACAAAUCAGUUUGAUAACUUAUUGAUUAUCUUAUGGGUCAAGUUGUGAGUGUAUUAAGUGGUUUGGGUUUUUCUUUGCAUUAGAAGUUGGUCAUUUAGCUCUGCUGAUCAAGAAAUUAAUUUUAGUCCCCUGGAAGCAACCAAGACCUUAAGUUUACUUACAGUAAUUAUUUAUCAAUAAAUGAUCUAGAAAUAGCACUCCAAUUUAAAUCCUGAAAACUAACUUAAGGAUCUACUUAUAUGCUUCCAUUCCUUGGCAGAUUUCUAAUAAAAAACCAAAUUGUUAGUGCUUCUUUAAGGUAGUGUUUUUCAUCCAGGUACAUUGGACUCAUCAUUUCUCUCACUCAUUCGCUUGCUCAUCUGUUCCCUCUUUUGCUGUGUCCUGGGCACAGUACUAAAUACUGGGGACACGACUAAGGCAGGGUCCCUGCCAGCAAAGACUACAGCUUUUAGUUUGGGAGAAAAAUCAGAGAUGUCCUUGGCAUCUGGAAGUAUCCUGUGAUUUCUUCUGUUUUCUUCUUUUCAACUAGAAAGGCAGAAUGAGUAGCUUGUUCAAAGAACUUAAUGGAUUUAGGGAUGUGAAUAGAUGGCUUUAAGGGAAGCUGAUGGCUUCAUAGUUAUUUCUCUGAUUGCAAAAUACUGAAAAUUUAAGGAAUUUCCUCAUCUAAUGAGCAUUUGUUACUGAGGUAGAUGACCUGGGCAUUCAGGUUUGCUUUGGGAACUUAAUCAAACAACAUUGUAUCGAUUCUUCCAGGAUGGAGACAGUGUCUUUUUGACUCUUAUCCUCUAUACUUAACACUGUGUGUGAUACAUAAUAGACAUUAUUAUAUAGCCAUUAUACAGUCAUGUGCCACAUAAUGACAUUUUGGUCAACUGUGGGGCAUAUAUAUACAGUGGUGGUCCCAUAAGGUUAUAAUGGAGCUGAAAAAUUUCUAUUGCCUAGUGACCUCAAAGCCGUCAUAAUCUUGUAGUGUAAUUAAAAAAAUAAAUUUAGUGUAGUCUAUGUGUACAGUGUUUAUAAAGUCUACAGUAGUGUACAGUAAUGUCCCAGGCCUUCACAGUCACUCAUCACUCACUCACUCUGAGCAACUGCCAGUCCUGCAAGCUCCAUUCAUUUUCUUCCCUGUGGAACAGUAGAGACCUAGUCUGCCUUCUUUCACAAGAUCAUCCUUCAAUUAUUUGAAGGUGAUUAUUCAGCAUAUAUCUCUUGAGUACCUGCGCAUGCAAGACACUGUCCUGGAUAUUGUGAGAGAUCCAAAGAUUCUCUUUGUGGCCAGAUGGGUUUGUAUGGACAGGCUUGUCCAUCUGUAACUUCAUUAAGAUGUAACUCAGGCUUUCCCUCACUUUGGAACUCCUAGAUUUGUGAAUAUUGGAUAUUUUGAGAAGCAGGGGUUCUUUCCUUGAUAUUGACUAAGGAGUCUAUUUACCUUCAGGAUGACAUCUGAACUGGAGAGCAGCCUAACAUCUAUGGACUGGUUACCACAGCUCACCAUGAGAGCAGCCAUCCAAAAAUCUGAUGCUACACAAAAUGCACAUGGAACAGGAAUUUCUAAGAAGAAUGCACUCCUUGACCCAAAUACAACUCUGGACCAGGAAGAAGUCCAACAGCACAAAGAUGGGAAACCUCCAUACAGUUAUGCCAGCCUCAUUACAUUUGCAAUUAAUAGCUCACCCAAAAAGAAAAUGACUUUAAGUGAAAUUUAUCAGUGGAUUUGUGAUAACUUCCCAUAUUAUAGAGAGGCUGGCAGUGGUUGGAAGAAUUCCAUACGACAUAAUCUGUCAUUGAACAAAUGUUUCCUUAAAGUGCCUCGAUCUAAGGAUGACCCUGGAAAGGGGUCCUACUGGGCAAUAGACACCAAUCCGAAGGAAGAUGCGCUGCCUACUCGGCCAAAGAAGAGGGCACGAUCUGUAGAACGGGCCUCAACUCCAUAUAGCAUAGAUUCAGAUUCUUUGGGAAUGGAGUGUAUUAUUUCGGGAAGUGCCUCUCCAACUCUGGCAAUCAACACUGUGACUAACAAAGUAACAUUGUAUAACACUGAUCAGGAUGGUAGUGAUAGCCCACGCAGUAGCCUUAACAACAGUCUCUCAGACCAGAGUUUGGCAUCUGUUAAUUUGAACAGUGUUGGAAGUGUGCAUAGUUAUACACCGGUGACAAGCCAUCCAGAAUCAGUCUCUCAAUCAUUAACUCCUCAGCAGCAACCACAGUACAACCUUCCAGAAAGAGACAAGCAACUACUUUUCUCAGAAUAUAAUUUUGAAGAUCUUAGUGCCUCAUUUCGGAGCCUUUAUAAGUCAGUUUUUGAGCAGUCACUUAGUCAACAAGGUUUGAUGAACAUCCCUUCAGAAUCUUCCCAGCAGUCCCACACUUCAUGUACCUAUCAGCACUCUCCCAGCAGUACAGUGAGCACUCACCCACACAGCAACCAAAGCAGCCUGUCCAACAGUCAUGGCAGUGGCCUCAACACCACAGGCAGUAAUUCGGUUGCACAGGUCUCACUAUCUCACCCCCAGAUGCACACACAGCCAUCUCCACAUCCUCCCCAUCGACCGCAUGGUUUACCGCAGCAUCCGCAGCGUUCCCCACACCCAGCGCCACACCCACAGCAACACAGCCAGCUCCAGUCCCCUCACCCCCAGCAUCCCUCUCCACAUCAACACAUACAGCACCAUCCGAACCAUCAGCAUCAGACGUUAACACAUCAGGCACCCCCACCCCCACAACAGGUAUCCUGUAAUUCUGGUGUUUCAAAUGAUUGGUAUGCGACACUUGAUAUGCUAAAAGAAAGCUGUCGAAUUGCCAGCAGUGUUAAUUGGUCAGAUGUAGACCUUUCACAGUUUCAAGGUCUGAUGGAGAGUAUGAGACAGGCAGAUCUCAAGAACUGGUCUUUAGACCAGGUUCAGUUUGCCGAUCUUUGUUCUUCUCUUAAUCAGUUCUUUACACAAACUGGCCUUAUACAUUCACAGAGUAAUGUUCAGCAAAAUGUUUGUCAUGGUGCCAUGCAUCCAACAAAACCUUCCCAACACAUUGGAACAGGAAAUUUGUACAUAGAUUCUAGGCAAAAUCUCCCUCCUUCAGUGAUGCCACCCCCUGGUUAUCCUCAUAUCCCACAGGCACUCAGCACUCCAGGAACAACGAUGGCAGGCCAUCACAGAGCCAUGAACCAGCAGCACAUGAUGCCUUCCCAAGCCUUCCAGAUGCGGCGUUCCCUGCCUCCAGAUGACAUCCAGGAUGACUUUGAUUGGGAUUCAAUUGUGUAGGGCUUGUUUCUGCAAGACACCAGACCCUAACGUUACCUUUCUGUGCAGUGAAGGGAAAGGUUUAAGAGAAUCCAGUUGAGAAAACAAACUUGCUAAUCACUUUACCAAUGUUAUCAAAAUUACUUUUGAAGACAAUCAGAAGGAUUUUAGCUGGAUAACUUACUGCUUUUAUCUGACCUAAACAAGUACUACAUGUUUGUCUCCCUGCCAGCUGCCCUAUGUAGCUCCUAACUGUUGUGUGAUUUGGACGGCUUUUUGCAUAUUUGUGUCAGUUUGAUGUUAACCACAAGUGCCAGACUGAUUUUUCAGACGGAGCCUAUUUUGCUGCAAGCAGUUUAUAUAAAGAUACAUAUGUGUAAAUAUAUGUACAAAAAUUACUGAAAGGCUUCAGUUUUUUCUAAUUGGAUUAUUAUGUCUUGAAAGGAAAGUUAUUGUCAGUUUUUAUUCCUUGUUAGGCUAUUUUCUGCAGGAUGCUUUUAACUGAUGUAGGAAACUGAAAGGAAAUAGAUUUUUUCCAAAACCCAGUUCCCCUUAUUUAAUCUUUUUUAGAAAUGUGGGUAAUGAAUUCUACCUAAUAAGUCAAGGAAACCAGAAUUUGACACACUCCAACAAUCCAAAGGGGCAUGUUGCUCCUGAGCAGCAUGAAGAACUGACCAAAUUGGUUUUGAUGCUUGGGGGAUCAUAGAGUAUUUAUGUCUGCUUUUCUAAAUCUGCGUUACAAUAGCUCUAAAAUUUGUUGAUGGGUAAGAAAUUGGGCAUUGCUUGGCUCUUUAAACACAUCAGUGCUUCCACAUUCACCUAUGUAUUUAUUAUUCAAAAGUGUCAUUUUAAUAUUUAUUGCUACCUUCUGUGAAUGCUUAGCUCCUGUCGGGUUCAUUAAGGAGAAAUGUGUCUGAAAGCACAGAAUUAUUAUUAUUUUUUUCUUUUUUUGAGAUGGAGUCUUGCCCUGUUGCCCAGGCUGGAGUGCAGUGGCACGAUCUCGGCUCACUGCAACCUCCGCCUCCCGGGUUCAAGCAAUUCUCCUGCCUCAGCCUCCCGAGUAGCUUGGAGUGCAGGUGCACACCGCCAUGCCUGGCUAAUUUUUUGUAUUUUAGUAGAGACGGGGUUUCACCAUGUUGCCUGGGCUGGUUGCAAACUCUUGAGCUCAGGCAGUCUGCCUGCCUCAGCCUCCUAGAGUGCUGGGAUUACAGACGUGAGCCACUGCGCCCGGCCCAGAGUUACUUUUCUUGAUAAGAAUUUACAGAUAAGACACUCAGAGAGACAUUGUGUCAUUCUCUAUCAUCACUUCUUUUACCAUGUGAGUAGAUUUCUCUGUCUUGGCAUUCUUGCUGAUUCAGACUUAUUAGUUAAAUCGGAUUUUUCUGGAAUUUGAAUCAGAUUCCAUUUGGGCAACAACAGCAGGGCAGUGUUUCUAAAGCAGGCUUCCCCACUCAUCUAGGUUGUCUUGAAAGGAGGAUAGAGCCACUUACAGUUUUAUUUGCUUCAGUGUUUAAUGUAGAUAUUAUGUGGCCUGCUGUUUCUGUUGUCUUGUAUGUCUGUGUAUGCAUGACAUUUGGUCCCUUUCUUUGAAAUGCAGCCCACCUCUUACGGGUUUUUUAGUGGUGGUGGUUUGUUUUGUUUCAUAUCAUAUCACAGUUUGCAUGGACUGAUUAUCUUAGUUUUAUGAUAAAACUAGAAGAAAUGAGGGGUUUUUUUUAAUGAAUAGAUUUUGAAUUGAUUCUUUAGACCCCCCAAAAAGUGUCAGUUCUAAUGGGGAAAUAUAUUCCAUCAAGUCAAAGAGUAAUAACUGCUCACUAGUUGCUUUUUAGCAUCUCUGGUCUUAUCAGCCAUGCUAAAUCACUUUAAUUAGCCUUAGUGAUUCUAUGGUUGAGUAAUCUCUACUUGAACUAAACAAACAUCUUUUGUUUCUGUGUGUGUGUGCUGUGUGUGAGAGUGUGCGCGCGUGUGUGUUUUAAUGGAGUGUUGCCUUGAAUGAAUCACUGGGAAGCCAGCCAUGGUAAGGGCUGGUGAGGUUGGGGAGAAAGGAAGAGCUUUAUGUUUCUCUGUUGUUUGGACCCUACUUGGCAUGAAAAAGGAAGCUCAGUUCCAGCCCCUUGGAUCAACAAAAAUCAGAGGAUUCUGGAAAGGCAGCCAACUUGCGCCUCUUAGAAGGAUCAGAGGCAAGAUGAGAUGGCAGCCUGCAGAGUAAAUGCUUGAAAAAAGAGGGGUGAUUUUCAAUGGUUUGCUUAAGUCACUGUUUUCUAGACACCAAAAUAGCUGUUUUGAAACUGUUUUAAUUGCUUGGGUAGCAAUGUGCACUUUAAACAAUUUGGAUAUUGGAAUGCAGUCUCAUACUGAGUGAUUUGAGUAGAACCACUGAUGAUGAUUUUAUAAAUUGUGUGAAGCGAAUUUCCCAUUUGGCAAUCAUUUACUGAUUUGCAGUGAUGAAUAUUUUUAUGAGAAUUUAAACUUAGCAAGAAUGGCCAUGGAGGCAAAGCCUUCACCCAGACCCAUCCCACUCUCCUGUGAUCCAGGUGGUCCAGGAGCCCAGGACAGGCCUUUUCUGUGGGCCCUGGCCAGACAGGGUUACCUGGUGAGGUGCAGAGAGUCCCUCUAGUGGCCAUUUUGUAUGGUAGUUGCUAAUGCAGAACAAGUUCUGUCUUGGGCUUAAAUUGACUGAAGACUUUAGGGGGAAAGAAUAGUAAAUGCAUGUAAACAAAUGGGGGCACUCUGUUCAGGAGAAUAAUCCGACUGGCAUUUGUGGCAGUUUUUGAAAUGUAAAUGUAUUCAUGUGUGUUCUUGUAAAUACAUGUCACUCAGAUGUCCUUUGAAGUGGGAGGGAAUCCGGGGAUAAUUUCAAAUGGAAUAGAGUAUUUUGAUAUUGUUCAUUCAGAGGGUGAUGUGUACAUAUCUAUAUUGUAUAUAUGUGAUGAAAAUGCAUUGGCUUUUUGUGCAGAUACCACCUGCUCUCUGUACUGCUGUUGGACAGUCAGUGUUUUAAUGUUUCUACAGUUUUGCUAUUGCACGAUUUCAUAUUUUGCCUCUAUGAUGAACGGCAACCAUUAUUUGUAACUGUUUAGUGCUGUAAAGAAAUAUUCCAAGUGUCAUUAGGAUUGUUGCUGCCAGAACUGAUAUGCAUGAAUGGCACUUAAAAUAAAUAUAUUAUGUUAACUCUA